CCUCCUGCUCGAGGUUCGCGAGCGCACGCACUCGCAGGUGCCUGUCAUUCUCCCCCCAGUCCUCGCCCCUCCCCCCUCCCGGCUGCGACGGCGCGGAUUGCAGAUAAGCAGAGCGUGGGGUCGUUUCCUCGGCUUGCCCACAAUGCCCCGCGCCAGUGGCGCGCGAUGGUUCUGAGGCUCGAGGGCUGAGGGGAGUCGAGCGGAGUCGGCGCUACUAUGGCGGCGGCGCUGCUGUCCCGCGUGUGGUCGUCGUCUGUCUCUGGACCGCGUUAUUUCCUCAGGUAACACAGCCCGCGGCGGGGCGGCAUCCUCUCCUGGCAUCUCCCCACUCGCUUUUCUCGAUGAAAGAAAAAGCCAUUUUGCGUCCUACCCGGUGCCCGCUGACCUGUGAGGUAAAGGGAGCUUAGUCGAUGGGCACAGAAUUGCUCUGUGUCCUUCGCUGCUGCUGCUCCUCAUGCCGUUGCCAGAUCUCGAGGUUCGAGCUCGGGGUGUCUGGAGACUGAAGUCUCCCUGUGGAUGUUUCCAGGGGAAGGAGUUGAAAUAGGAAGGAGGGGAAGCUGUCAAGGCGGAGUUAGGAUACUUAAAAAUACAAUCUGAUAUUCAAUAAAUCGUAGAACUCUAGAGAUGGAAGGGGGUCCAAAGGGUCAUCUAGUCCAGCCCCCUGCAAUGCUGCUGCCCCGUAUGGGGGGGGAUCGAACCUGCAUCCUUGGCGUUAUCAUCACCAUGGGCACCCUGGUUUGCUGUGGUGGUUUUAUUCGGCAACUCUGUAUUACUUUGUCUCUGCUACCUGGUUUUCUUGUUGGGUGUCUACAUGCUCUUGUACAAUAAAAAAAUUAUUUUUAAAAAAUUUGAACCACCCUUUGUUUCUCUCCGUUGUGUUCUUACCAGGCUUAGUACCUUGGAAACACUUGUGAAAGUUGGCAGGCAAGGGAGAUAGUAACUUCGUACUUGAUGUGCAUAUGAAUGAGAUCUUCAAAAAUCAUUCUCUGACCUGAUACACACAAUCAUGGGCAUUUCCAGUGGGGGCCAGCUGCCCCCCCAAUCAAUUAAAUAAAAAUAACUAACCAAUUGUGUCAGAUAACUCAGUUCUGCUCCCCCCCCCCCAACAUUAUGCAUGCCCCCCCAACAUAAAUCUUGGCUAAUACCCAGGCACACCAUCCCUAUAUUUAUGUAUUUACAUAAUCUAUAUCCCAUGCCUUCAGUGUAAUUGUAUCCUCCUUGGGAAGAACCCACACAACCAGACAUAAAUUUGUUUUCAGCCUUAAGUGUCAGAGUCUCAAGAGGCUUGGUGACUCUUACCUAUUUGAAAAUUGACUUGAAUUUCUGAGUGCUAUGGAGCAGAAAUGUAUUUCAUCUUCCCUGCUCAGAAUAUGAGCCAGAAUUAGCUACUGCCCACCUUGUGGUUAUAUCUUUUGAUUAGAAAGGAUUUUUGUUUUAGACUUGGUUCUUGACUGGAGGGGAAUCAAAGUGAAACCCAUAUUUUCCUCAUCAUUUCAGCUGGAAUUUCUCACCUAUUUUCUUCUAGCUUAAUUCUCCACCAAUAUGCUUCAGCUGAAUAAGUUGGUUCUAACUUUUAUUAAGAAAAAGAAGCCUUCAACAACACAAAGUAAUGCUGUGGUUUUUAUUAAGGGAGCAUGGUAAUAGGGUUUUAUAUUUAGUUAAUACAGUGGUACCUCAAGUUAAGAACUUAAUUCGUUCCAGAGAUCCGUUCUUAACCUGAAACUGUUCUUAACCUGAAGCACCACUUUAGCUAGUGGGGCCUCCCGCUGCCGCCGCGCCGCUGGAGCACAAUUUCUGUUCUCAUCCUGAAGCAAAGUUCUUAACUCGAGGUACUAUUUCUGGGUUAAUGGAGUCUGUAACCUGAAGCAUCUGUAACCUGUAGCGUCUGUAACCCAAGGUACCACUGUACCUUUUUAUCUGGUCCAAACUGUACAUUUCUCUUGUUCACCUUCAAAGCUGUUGGUCUGCUGAAAUUAAUGGCAUCCAAACAAAAAUUAUUUUAUUUCAUAAAAUUUAUACACUGCUUUAAAAACACACACCUCAAAGCGGUUUACAUCAUCAUUAGCUAACUCUAAUUAAGUGUGUGUGAUUGCAUCUGAUCUCUAAACUGAGCUUGAUCCUAUGAUAAUUUGUUACAGAGGAUAGAGGUGAAAGCAGAGCUAGCAUUAGCUGGUCUGCUGUACAAACCAAAAUCACAGAGGUAACUUUGUGGCAGGUUUUUCUGUUUGUGUCCACUUGACGCAUUUGGGCUUGGUCAUACAAUUCUUAGGUGAGUCUAGGAAAAGUUCAAGUUCAAAAUGUGCCCUUGGAAGUCUGCUAAAUGUGGGAUUGGGUAGAAGAUAGAUUGAUUGCAUUUAUAUCCCAUCUUUUUCUCCCAAUGAAUUCAGAGUGACAUAGUUCUCCUCAACCUUAUUUAAUAACAACAACCCAAGUGGAAAUUUGAACCCUGCUCUCCCAUGUCCAACACUCUAACCACUAUACCACAUCAGGCUGUUAUUUUUUAUAUUUGUGAAUGUAGCUGCAUUAUUCAUUUCCACUAGAUUUCAGGCUAUUCUUUUUUCCUUGGAGUAAUGUCUGAUUUUAUCUGAAGCUUCUGUUCUAUUAAUAGGUAUCAAUUUUGCUUUUUUAAAGGUGCAGUGCGACUUGUUCAGUAGAGAAAUGGUUUUCAAAACAAAGUAGUUCAGAUAACCGUCCAAAGCAGCCACUGACAGCAUACAUUCGCUUUUAUAAAGAACAGCAACCCUUUUAUAAGAAACAAAAUCCAGGUAAGGAAUUCACUAAGAAUGAGACUUCACUGUAAUAAAAGUUUUUGUUGUUUUGUAAAAUAUGUUAAAAGACUGACUGGCCUUUUAUUUUUUUUGCCAGGAUUCUCCUAACUUGCUUGAAUCGUUGGUUUUCUGUGUGCAGCAAAUUAAUCCCCAAAGCCUCUUUUUUCAUUACAUUUAUAGCCAUUGUGUACACUUGUAUUUAGAUAAUCUGUGAGCUCACAUUCUGCAAAAACCGAUAGGUUGUACUGUAUUUAGAAUGCUGAAAGGAAAGAGCCAAGUGGAAAUGGUAUGUUCCUAAAUUUGGCUAGGUAAUCAUAAGUAUACCACAAAAUCAGUAUGUAUAUCACUUUGCUGAGUAAUAUACUCAAAAACAAUUCUGAAAUUUUACUUUACCCUGUGAAUCAGCAGAGAAGAGGAGAGAAUGAAUGCAAGCAAAUAGAUAACACGCCUCACUUAUUUAGGCUUCAUUUCAGUUUCGGGUGAAACAGCCCAGAAAUGGCAGGUUUUGAGGAAUUGUUUGAAGGAAUAGAGUGGUGUCACUGUGCAGCAGUUCUGGGAAUAAGCAAUAUAAUGGACAUAUAUAUUUAGGGAACCAGAGACUUGCAUCCAGAAGUAUGGAGAAUUUGCACGAGUUGAUUAGCUGCUGAUAUUAUGAGACUUCGUGUUGCAUGUAGACACAUUGAGAGUGGAAGUAUGGCCUGUUCUAGGUGUGAUUCCACUCCUUCUAAAGGACCAGGUUAGCAGUUUAGGGGUGCUGCUGGAUAUCCAGGUAGCCUUGCUGUGGCUAAGACUGCUUUUGCCCAGCUUCAGCUGAAGUGAGACUUUUUUGGUCACAGCCCAGUUAUUAAGGUAUCUACUGGGGGGAUUUCAUCAGCCCCCUGGCUUUGGUAGGUGGCCAAGAUGAUGUUAUUUUGCCAAGAUUUUGAUAGUAUUUGAUUGAUUAAUCUUUUUUGAGACUGUCUUCUAAAGUAUUGUUUUCACUAUUUUUAUUGCUCUCUUUCUGUUGUAUUAAAAUGUAUGUUCAUAAUUGUAAACCACACUUUUGAGAACUCUAAGGCAUUAUAUAAAUAUUUUUAUAAAUUUUGUGUUUUGACUUCUGAGUAACAAUGGUGUUUAGUACAAUGCACACCAAAUUUUAGCUUUGUUUCAAAUAGUUUGGCUAUAUGUCUGUCAAACCCAACUUGUAUAUCAGUGAUGAAGUUAAUUUGAAUUUGUUUAUUCCUUAAAUUUGUUUUUGAAAUUUGACACUAAAUUUGACAGGAUCUUCAUCCUUGUAGCUGUUUUUUUUACUCUGCAGACGUAAGUGUUGUGGACAUCACAAAAAAGAUAGCACACGCUUGGAGGGAGCUCCCAGCAUCUGACAAACAAGUAAGCAUGGAUUUUGGUGUUCGUGUGAACAGAAUGUUAUUCUAUUUUACUAAGAAAAUUGCUUCCUUGGUUUGAAAAUACCUCCUUAAUGUCUAGGGUUCUGUGUUAUUUGAAACAGAUACAUAUGCUUUUCACAAGUUUUAGUAAAAUUGUGUUUGCUCGUAUUCUAGCCAUAUGAAGCAGCCGCCAAGACUGACAGACAGAUCUACAAAGAACAAAUGAUCAAAUACAAAGCACAACUAACUCCUGCCCAGGAGGCAGCUUUGAAAGAGGAAAAGAGAAGGAAAGUGGAAAAAAGAAGAGCAGCAAGAAAAAAGAGGGUUAGUACCUAAAUAAUCUUUAUAAUUUUAUUAUCCACCCUUCACCACUAGGUUCCAGGGCAGGUUACAUUUUAAAAUUUAGAAAUAAAAACAGUUAAAACAAAUUAGUCACAGUAACAGGAUAGGUCAUGAAGUAUGAUCUCAUUGUCCAAGUACCUGAAAACGCUUGCCACCUUAUACUAAGGUUUCAGUACAAAAUACAUGAUGCUCUCACACCAGUUACCCAUGAAGGUGGUGUGUCUUUUGAUGUUACAACUUUUUUCCUUUUGUAUACUUACAACUGGUACCUAAUAUUUUAUGAUUGCUGCUUACGAAUAGUGUAAAGGGAAAAGCUUUAAAUUAUUCUAUUUUUUUAUUCCAGAAUUUAUAAACCACUCUACAUUCAGGAAGUACACAAGUGGUGUACAGAAACAGAGUUUCAAACAAUACAAAUAAUAAAAUGGUAUUAAAGCAUAAAACCUAAGUGUUUGAACUUGCUUCACUUCUAAGGGAACAUAUUUUUUUUUACUGUACAUCUACCAAUUUAAACUUUGAUUUGAUUGUGGCUUUGGGGUGAUCUGUGUAAAAUCAUGCAGAUUCUAUAACAUCUAUUUUUAUUCUGCUGGGUCUGAAUUUUACCCAAAGCCUCUGGAAAAGCAAAAUAAAAACAAAAAGCACCUUUGCAUGUGUACACCUGUGCUUUUUCUGUCUGGAGCGGGGAAGUGGGUAGAAAAGCAACCAGAGCAGGUGGUACGUACAGCAUUCCAAAUGUGCUCAAGAGACUCAAAAAGGUUGGGGGCCCCUGAUUUAGGGCUUUAAAGAUUAAAACUACCUGUUUGAAUUGAACAUGGAAACACACAGCCACCGGUGCUGUUGGCACAGAAUUGGUGCUGUGUGCUCCAAUCAUAGAAUGAUAAGAGUUGGAAGGGACCCAAGGGUCAUCUAGUCCAACCCCCUGCAAUUCAGGAAUCUCAGCUAAAACAUCCCUGACAGAUCUCCGUGUCAUCAUGUCAGCAGCUUGGCUGGCCUUUCCCUUUCCCUACUGUGGCCUUACAGGACUCAACAUAAAGCACCUCAGCACUAUACACAGAAAUGGCAAUGGUUUUCUAACUUAAGCCAGUUUUAAUAGGAAUCUUUGGAUUUUAACAAUAUAUUCUUUUUAAUGUGACUUGAAGAACUCUGAUUUCAAUUCUAUCUGUCUUGGAAAUUGUAUGUCUGGUACGGCUGGGAUUCAGAAGUGUCUGGUGUUCUCGCAUGCAUGGGGCUUUUCAGCCUCCCCUUCCUUGUGGUGCCCUCUCAUAUCCCUCCUUCAAAAAGCUUCCACCUGAAAGGUCAGAGGGUCCUUCAGAGCAGCACUUCAUAGGGUACAAGUCUAAGUCUUGGUCUGCUGAAUGUCCAAGUCUGCCAUUCCCUAAAUCCUAGACAUAAAGGGGUGUGUGGGUGUUUUCUAUGGCUGAACUUAAUAACACCUGAGAGAACUGCUCACUGAUAUCCUUUUGUCAUUUUAGCAACUAACAAUGCUUGGAAAACCUAAAAGACCUCGGAGUGCCUUCAACAUUUUUAUGUCUGAACACUUUCAAGAAGCUAAAGGAAUCUCAAUUCAGGUAAACCAAGGGAGGCUGUUCAUUUUAACAGCUACAAGGAUGAAGAUUCUGUCUUUCGUAUUGAGAAUGAAAAUUAGAACUGAUUUAAUGGCUAUUUCCCAUUAUUGCCAUAAUCUGUCGAAGGUCCAGUUGGAGUUUUACGGUAUUUUGAGUGCCUCGCGGGUUUUCAUAGCAGUGUCCCUGACCAUGAGUUUCCACACAAGAGCUGUUGAACAGCUUGUCAAAGAUCUGGCAUUAUCAGGCUACAUAUACUGAAAUUCCAAGCUAGCUUGAUAGCUGUAGCUAAUGGAUAUGGAAACUUUAAAUGUUGCCUAUGAAUAAGGGCCCAAUUCGUUGGGACAAUGGGAGAUCCAUGGCCAGCUCUCCUGCAGGUAUUUUAAAAAUAAAACAAGUGCAGCUGUAAGGGGGGGGGGUUAAGUCUUUCUCAAUUGACUUAAAUUGUUUAAUAGUAGAUUUUGAUUGGUUUAUUCUGAGUAAGACUGACUUUAUGUAGCACCCAUAUUUUGCAUAUCUUGCAUUAUAAAUAUGACAGGUGGGUGGGUGUAGGGAGAUUUCUGCUACAGAACUUCAGCAAAUAUCAUUGUAUGUUUUUGUUUCUCUUGUAGGCAAAGAUGAAAAAUUUAUUUGACGAAUGGCAAAAAAUGAGCAGUUCCCAAAAGAAGGUAUUGUCAUAAAAGUGACUUUGAAUUCCAGUAAAUUGACAUUUAAAUUUAGGAAUUUGAAUCUGUCAUGCUUAAAUGUGCAGCCAAGUGUUCUAGUAGUGACAGUCAAGGUGCAGUACAGGUGUGAAAUAAUUCAAUACAUGCCAUUCACCUAUAGUAAGAACUGGCCGUGGAGACCAACCACUUGUGUCCAGAUAACAGUUCAUUUUAAAAUUAAAAGCAAAGUUUGCAAACUCCUCUGGCUCAAUAAUGUAAGCCCAGUACAUUGAAGGACGACACCAUUGUUUCCUGUUAAGUCUGAAUCAAGUCAGUGUAUGAAUGUGUGUGUGUAGCUGUAGAUAUGUUUAGAAAUCUAAGCCAAAUCUUAAUACUUAACGUAUGGCUGAAUCACUGUUUCAAAUUCUGAUUCAAAUUAUAAUAUUUGAAAUACAAAUCAGAAUGUCAGUUACCUGUUUGGCAUUUUGUGCCACCAAAAGUUGAAAUGCCUCAGGUUGUGUUCCUGAAGGAACUGUAUGAGUAAUCAUGCUUUCAGGGACUGAUCCUGGCAUCACUUUAAGCCAUACAUGAAACUGCGUCUUAAAAUGCAUGCAGUUGUCGUAAGGAAGAUUAUGCUCUGGCUAUCUCCCGCUUGGACUACUGCAAUGCGCUCUACGUGGGGCUACCUUUGAAGGUGACCCGGAAACUACAAUUAAUCCAGAAUGCGGCAGCUAGACUGGUGACUGGGGGCGGCCGCCGAGACCACAUAACACCGGUCUUGAAAGACCUACAUUGGCUCCCAGUAAGUUUCUGAGCACAAUUCAAAGUGUUGGUGUUGACCUUUAAAACCCUAAACGGCCUCGGCCCAGUAUACCUGAAGGAGCGUCUCCACCCCCAUCGUUCUGCCCGGACGCUGAGGUCCAGCGCCGAGGGCCUUCUGGCGGUUCCCUCAUUGCGAGAAGCAAAGCUACAGGGAACCAGGCAGAGGGCCUUCUCGGUAGUGGCGCCCGCCCUGUGGAACGCCCUCCCAUCAGAUGUCAAAGCAAUAAACAACUACCUGACAUUUAGAGGGCAUCUUAAGGCAGCCCUGUUCAGGGAAGCUUUUAAUCUGUGAUAUUUUACUGUAUUUUUUUGUUUCUAUGGAAGCCGCCCAGAGUGGCUGGGGAAACCCAGCCAGAUGGGCGGGGUACAAAUAAUAAAUUAUUAUUAUUAUUAUUAUUAUUAUUAUUAUUAUUAUUAUUAUCAUAGCAAAACAAGGGGUCAUAAUAACCAGCUUGUGGUGUUUUGCUGCAUGAAACAAACAUGUGUAAAUCCUUUUCACAUGAAAUAUUAGUCCUUAGAUGUUUCAGAGAUGUCUCUAGUAGUGGAAAGUAAAUAUCCUGACAUUUCUGUAGUACCUUUUAACACAAGCAACUUUUCAGUAUGUGAAUUCCAUUUCUUUCUGCAUAUCCAGACAUAUCAGCAACUUGCUGAGGAUGAUAAGAUCCGUUAUGAAAAUGAAAUGAAAUCAUGGGAGGAGCAAAUGGCAGAAAUUGGACGCGAAGAUCUUAUACGUUUUAAAAACAGAAGGAAACUAUCAAAAAGAAAGAAAACUGAAAAAAAAGUUGCUUCAAAAAAGAGAGCUACAACAUUAAAGAAGCCUUCGGGAAGCAAAGUUGCCUCAGCUGCAGCGAAAAAGACAGUAAAGGCAAGGCAGUCUGAGGAGUAAGUUGGAUUAUACUUGGAUUUCAUAAUUUCUGAUUGCAAGUGGAAAGAGACUGAAGUGAAGUCUAUUCAUUAAAGGAAAGACUCCCAAAUCAGAGGUUAGACUUAUUUUGGAAAUUGUCAAGUAAGUAGAGUAAAUCAAGAUUGAGAGAAUUUAAGCAGUGAUUAAUCACGAGAGAAGAGGUGCUUUUUCCAUAAAUGUGUAUAUAAGCAUUCUCUUAUAAAUUUUCUUUUUGCAGAUCCUGUGAUCUGUAUAAAUUCAUAAUGUCUAGUUGCUAAUUAGAAAUAGAAAUUUAAUGUAGGCUGCAAGUUUAUUUUGUGUGUAAAUGCAUGUAAUCACUGGAGAAAGCAUGUAUAUUUGCUGAUUUCAGCCUUGUAAUUAAAGAACUACUGAACUUACAGAUUUUCAAUAGUGUUUUUCAAUUUUUAUACGUACCGACAAUGCAUACUAUUAUUUAUAUUGCUUAGAAAAAAUAAAACUAG